AUUUAAUAAAGAAACUGUAGUCGUAGUAUCAUAAUACAAUGUAGACGUUAAAAUAAGUAAAAGGAACGAGAAGAAGAGUAGAAGACCCUACCCCAUUCGUCUCUCUGUCCUCUCCUCUUCAAACCCUUAAAAUCUUCCCUCCCUCUCACUCCCAUUUACUCUCUCAGUUUUCUUAUUUUCUUGAAUCCAAAUCCCCAAAACAUACAACCAAAAGUUAAAGAAACAUGAAACUCCCGUUUCUAACCAAGAACAACUCUACAUCUUCGAAUUCAAACUCAUCAUCAUCAUCUCAUUCCUCUUCUUCAUGGCCAUGGCCUUCUUGUAAUCAAGAACCUAAAACCAUGUCUUUCAGAGCCACCAUCACUUUCACCAACCCUAUCCACGACCAAGACGAAGACGAUGAGCUCGACUUCGAUGACCCACCGGAGAUUUCAGAGUCUAUAGAGAAGGUCAUAAAAGGGCUAAGAUCAUCAGAGAGACUCAUCUUCGAAAGCAAAGGAGAAACCAACUCUAUACUUGAAGAAGCUACGAGUAAGCAAGAAGAAGACAAAGAAGACGAGGAAGAAGGCUUCAUGCUCCUCUCCUUGGAUUCGCACGACCCUUACACUGAUUUCAAGAGAUCCAUGGAAGAGAUGGUUGAAGCUAACGCGCUUCACCACGACUGGAAAUGCCUCGAGACGCUUCUCCUUCAGUUCUUGAAAGUCAACGCCAAGGCCAGCCAUCGAUACAUUUUCGCGGCCUUCGUCGAUCUCCUCGUGAGCUUAGCAGCACUACACACCAAAAACCCCAUCGGGAACAACGACAUUUCCAAAGACGACGGCGUCUCAGCCUCACGCGCCACCGCAGGAGCAGCCGGAGAAGCAAGCACUUCUUCUUGUUGUAACAGUACUAUGACUCUUGGAGAGUCUCCCUCGUCUCCGUUGUCCUUCUACACUUCGUGUUCUAAUUCCUCUUCUUCCUCCGAUGAGACUUCCUCCACGUCCGUACGAUUCUUGCCGUUGUCUUCGUUGUUAGAGAUAGACGAAAAGACUAAUGACAUUUUAGUUUAGAUUAUGCUUAAUUUGCUUUUUUCUUUAAUUAAUUUGUUCUUUAGCUUAAUUAAAAUUUGUGCAGAAUCGUAACUUUUGGCUA